AUGGAGGCGCCGCGGCACGUCCUGUUAGUUCUUGACGACGAGGGCGACCUCCACUCGGUCGGAGAGGAGUCCGACGGCGAGGCCCUCGGCGGCGAGACGCCGGAGCUGUCUGACGACGGCCGCGCCGACGCCAUGAGCCAGGAGCAGUGGCGCCCCGGCGCCGUCGUCGACGCGGCGGCCGUCGCGUUCGGCGAAACCUACGCCGAGCAAGCGCGCAACGGCGGGCCCAAGAAGUUCCGCGGAACAAUUGUCGCCGCUGCGGUGAUGGACGAUCACUGGAACGUCAAGUACGAUGAGGACGGCGAGGUCUACGCGACGGAGGCGCGGCACCUCACGCUCGUCUCAGCGCCGUCGGCCGACGGCGCGCGACCGGCUCCAGAAGGCCGCCGCAGCGAUAGACCUACGACCGUCGCGGACGAAGACUGCGCCGAGCGGACGGCAUCGUCGCGGUUCUGGGGCGUGUGUUGGCAUCGGGGAAAAAAGAAGUGGCGGGCGUGCUACAGAGGCGCGAACGGCAAGGAGCGCCACAUCGGCUACUACGACGACGAAGAGGAGGCCGCCCGCGCGGUCAACAAAGCGAUUCGCGACGCGGGCCUGGAAGACCAGCGCCCGAUGAACGUGGUCGACGCGACGGGCGCACUGGUGCCGCGCAAGACGCACACGAGCAAGCCGCGCGACCGAUCCACCGUCGUCGCGCCGGACGCGGCGCGCGCGCCUUCGGCGACGACGUCCAAGUUCUGGGGCGUGAGCUGGGCCACGAGACGGCGACGGUGGAAGGCUGGCUACAACGACGCGGACGGCAAGUCGCGCACCAUCGGCUACUUCGACACCCAGGAGGAGGCCGCGCGCGCCUACAACGCGGCGGUCCGCGCGCUUCCUCCAGACGUCCAAGCUCGGCGCCAGAUCAACCCGGUCGUCGACGGGCAAUUAGUCCCGAAGCCGCCGCGCAAGCGCUCUCGCGCGGAAGUUCCCGCCGCCGCGCCGACACGCCGGUCGGCGCGCCGCUCCCGGCAGGAGUGA